UUUUCAGAAAAUGCAGAAAAAGCAGCGUAAAUUUAAGCCCAAAAAAGUGCCCGGCAAACCGAAAAACGGUUCCGUGGCCGUAAAACCAGGAGCAUGGGAACAGGUGAAGAUAAGUGGGGCUGUGAUUUCAGACGAAGGCGCCGAUCUGGGCGGGUUUAUCGGCCUCGAAGUGAUGGAAAACUACGGGAACCGGCUUAUGCGAAUGCCGAAGCUGAAGGAUAAUGAGGAUAAUGCAGGAUUUGAUGAUGAGAGAGGCAAACCCAAAAGAAAACGUCGGAAGGACAGCGAUGAGGACACGGAUUCGGAUGAAGACGGCGGUCGGAAGAGUUCCAAAAAGAAGAAAAAAGCCAAGAAACAGGUGAAACAGGCCGUUGCCGGAUCAGAAUCAGAUCAAUCCGAUGUUGAAGACGUUCCAGCGAAGAAAAAACCAGCAAAACAGAAAGUGGAACCGACCAAGAUUGUCGAAAAACCGAACGCAUCCGUGGUUGCGGUUCCAAAAGUGGAAAAGCUGAAACCCGAAUCAAAUGGCCAUGCACCAGAGAGAAAGGCUUCUGGAUUUUCGAUGCUUUUGAAACCAGGCAACGGAACGCAGAAGCAGUUCAAGAAGAAUGGAACAGUAAAAGGAGAAACUAAAAAGGCUCCUGCAGAAGGCUAUUCCAGUGUAGAGUACAUCCGUUGGAUAGAGCUCGGUGUCUCGGAACCGAUAGUGAAGGCAAUCGCCGAGAAGGGCUUUAAGACACCAACCGAGAUUCAGGAAAAGUCGCUUCCAGCCGCAAUAUUCGGUCAUCGUGAUUUGCUCGGUGCCGCCGAGACGGGAAGCGGCAAAACGCUGGCCUUUGGUCUACCGAUGGUGGAAGGAAUCCGGAAACUGAAGCAACUGAAUGAACCGAUCAUCUACGAUAACGAAGACGAGUCGGAGACGGUUCAUAGUGACCAUGAGCUAACGCCACCACCCGAAGAUUACGAGCUUAGCCCGGAGGAUCAGAAGGUGUUUGCAAUGAGAGGUAGCAAGAAGAAACAACCAAUGGAUCCAACCAAACCGCUUUACGGCCUAAUACUAACGCCGACUCGUGAGCUGGCGGUACAAAUCAAUGAUCAUCUAAAGUCGGUUACCAAAUACACCGACAUCAACAUUGCCACCAUUUUCGGGGGAUUGGCAGCGGUGAAGCAGGAGCGCAUGCUGCGCAAGUGUCCAGAAAUUGUUAUCGCCACCCCGGGACGCUUAUGGGAAUUGAUUCAGGCUGGUAAUCAGCAUCUGGCCAAGGUGAUGCACAUCAGGUUCCUGGUUAUCGAUGAGACGGAUCGUAUGCUCGAAAGAGGCCAUUUCGAGGAGCUGAAACAACUGUUGGAACUCAUCAACACGAACGAGGAAGCCAAAAAGAAACGGCGUAAUUACAUUUUCUCCGCCACACUCACGAUGGACCAUGAUCUUCCUGAGCAUCUGAAGAAAAAUCCUAAAAAGGCGAAGAAAGUGAUGAAAGAAACACCUGGACAGCGAUUGAACAAUCUAGUCCAAACGAUCGGUAUGACCAAUCCGAAGAUAGUCGAUCUAACGAAAGAGCAGGCUACCGCACAGACGCUUACCGAAUCCCGAAUCGUCUGUCAGACGCCACACAAGGAUUUUUAUCUGUACUACUUUCUCGAGCGCCACCCCGGACGUACGCUCGUGUUCUGUAACUCGAUCGAGUGCGUCCGUCGGCUAGUGGCACUGUUUGAGUAUCUGAAUUGCAAUCCUCUGAGCCUCUUCGGAAGUAUGCAGCAGCGACAGCGUUUAAAGAAUCUGGAACGCUUCACAAGCAACCCGAAAGCACUGCUGAUAGCGACUGAUGUGGCCGCUCGGGGUCUUGAUAUCCCGAAUGUAGAUCACGUUAUUCACUAUCAGGUGCCGAAGACGACGGAAAACUACGUUCAUCGAUCGGGUCGUACGGCUCGUGCCAGUAAGGAAGGUUUGACCGUACUGCUGAUCGGUCCGGAAGAGGUGAAGGCUUAUGUAAAGCUGAAUCAGGAUCUUGGCCGUACCGCGGAUUUACCGCUGUACCCCACUUCCGACCGUAUGAUGCGACAGAUCAAGCAACGUGUUCAGCUGGCCCGUGACAUCGAACGGCUAGAGAUGCAGCAGCGGCGGUCGGGAGAAGAACGUUCGUGGGAAGAUAAGCUAGCGAAGGAAUUCCGCGAUGAAUCGGAUGUAGACAGUGAGCAAGAAGAGAUGCGAAAGGUGGAUCAAGUUCGCCAGAAGCGACAGUUCAAAGCGAAACGGUUGGAACUAAGCCGAUUGCUUGCCGUACCGCUGGUGUUGGAUCGUGCCGAGAUGCGCUACCCUUCAUCCAACAUUGGCGUGCAGUUGACAGCAGAGAGUGACCAAUCGGCCAUUAGUUUGAUACAGCGUUCGGUGCAGGAGCGCCAAAAUGAGAAGAAACAACGCAAAAACAAGAGGAAAGCGAACCGAUGAAACGAAGCAGGAGCGCAAUAAACGCAGGUGAGCUUUUUCUUUUUUGAUUUUCGGGAAUAAUUUAAUCAUUAAAUGGACCCCAACGAUCAA